AUCUUUCUUUUGGCUCUUGUUUUGCUUACAAGUGUCUCUUGCUUCUUAACUCAUCUUAUGCCUUCGAAAUAUUUAUUCAAUAUAAUAUUUGCAACUAGACUAAAACUAUAGCCGCCUCUGUAUUUUUCAGUUAGCAGAUAAAACUUCAGAUAAACAAACACUCUUGGUUCUUUUGAAGAACUUUUUUUUGUUCAUUGAUUGCUAUAAUUUCCAAUUGGGUUGGUUUGAUUUGUUUUCAUCAUCAAUCAACUGUAAGAAAGACUAUUUGCCAUGGAUUGGUACUAUGGAUGUGGUACGAACGAUUUCGUUGUACCGGGUGAUCAAGAUCUAUUGUCUAGCCAUCCUUCACCGGAAAAUUGGUCAAAAUGGGGAAUAAGUGCACCUGAAGGUUACAAUUCACCUAAAAACUUUAUGACCAUGUUGGAUUCAAAUUCAACACCAGUAGAAUUCAAUUUCAAUGGCAGAAGUUUUGGUAACGGAGUAAAGCUUGAAUCUUCCUAUGAUAAAGAUCAAUCUAGCAGUUCAAGUGUAUGUGAUGGAGGAUUACCUGAGCAAUCUUUUCAACAAACAGCGCUUUCGGGUCAUCAGCCUAAUUACCAGCUUCAAGAAAUAUCAAGUUUCGAACCGACCGAUGACAUUUUCUUGGAUUCUAUACUUGAAGAUUUUCCAUGUGCUGAAAACCAACACAAGUCCUUUUACUUUUAUCCUGAAAAUCAAUGCAGCAAUUCACCUGGUGGAUCGCAGAAAGAUAUUGAAGCUUCCGAGUUUGUUAUACGCAACUUGAGUUCUGAUGAUUGCUUCAAUAUAGAGACACUCAAUAUCAUGGAUCCUUCUGAGCAAUUCAGUGGAAAUGAUGCUAUGCAUAAUCAAUCAUCUAUUGAGGAAUCUACACUGCAGAAUCUUGAGGCAAUAAUUUCACAGUUCAAUGACAAGACUCGAAUUAGCUUCCGAGAUGCCCUUUACCGCCUUGCCAGAGAUACAAAACAACAGCACUUAGUCGAUGACAUGGACGGAGAUGUUAACAUGCAUGAGACAAUGCCAUGGGCAGUUCACAAUGAAGCCAUGAGGUCUGAAGACAAGAAACCGAUGGAAUCAGAAACAAACAGUGUUGACAGAGCGGUUGCAAAUCUCAUGUUCAAUGGAACUGCAUAUUGUGAAUGCUGAUCCAACUAAGAGGUUGUUGUUGAUGCUAGAAUUUGGUUAGGCAAUGCAAUUCUGAGCUGAAAGUUAUAAGAAGUAAUAAGUAAAAACCAAUGCCCUGUAAUUAUUAUUAAAAGAUAGGCCUAAGUUUUUGUGAUGUGUAAGUGCAUGUAUAUUUCACUUUGCACCAGAAAUUAUAUGUAUUAUGUAAGUUAUAUUCAAGCACUAGUUGUUUUCACCUAGCUCAAUUUUGGUUGUAAUAGAUAUUAGUAGUACUCUAGUGAGGAUUCUUAGGUGUUUAUCACCUUGAUAUUUUGUUUGAAUGUAAAUGAGUGAAUUUAUUAACCAGCUAUUAGCAAACUUAGGUAUAA